AUGAGACCAUCGAGCGACUCUGAUAUUCCCGGUAAAGGCUUGUCUCAUAAACAACCCGUGAAACCAGCAGUUCGCCCCGUUGUCCCCGUUAACCAAGAUGUGAAAGCAUACUUCGCUGAGGAAGCCCUCGAUAACUCCCAGCUGUGGCUUCUAAAUCCCGAAAUUCCAUCACCUGAUGAGAUCAUGGGGACUGGAUCUGAGACUGAAUUCGUUGAUCUGCUGCCAAACCGGAUCGAGGGACCCUGGGGCUCGAAGGACGAGUACCUGAAAGCACACUAUGAGUUGCUUAGAGAAGAUGCAGUCGCUCCUCUACGGGACGCUGUAGCGUACAUUCGAGAGGAUCCAGAGAUGAGAGACACAAAUACCAUAUCAAUCUACGAGAAGGUGCACAUUGUAGGCAUUACUUUUACACAACAAGGAGUGGCGACUCGGAUUCAAUUUUCGACCAUUAGAUCGGGAAAGAACAUUGUCUGGGAAUAUUCUAAGAGGCUAAGAUCAGGCAGCAUCGUCGCGCUUUCUCCGGCGGAUGAUUUGUUCAGAAACAAAUGUGUCAUUGCUGUCGUGGCAGCCCGACCACUGAGUGGUAUAAAGCAGCAUCCUCCAGAGAUUGACAUUUAUUUCGCGCGGCCUGUAGAUGCAGAGUUCGAUCCUCACCAAGAAUGGCUUAUGGUUGAAGCCAGAGAUGGCUAUUUCGAGUCCAUGAGACAUACGAUGACAGCUUUGCAGAAAAUGAGCCGAGAAAAGUAUGUUUUCCAUCCUAAUAAAAGUCUUGAAAUUGAACCCAACAGUUUCAACAGGUUUCCACUCGCCGAGCAGAUCUGCUUUCUCCAUCCUAAUACCGAUACUCCCGAGUAUGUCAAAGCAGAUCCAGUCAUGGACAUACAGUCUGCUAUCUGUCCAUCUGGAGAAGAAGGCAAGGUUAAUAUCCUUGAAAAUUGGCCUAAAUACACAACGGGCGAUCUGGAUGCCACCCAAUGGAGGGCUUUAGAGCAAAUGCUUACAAAAAGCCUUGCCGUUAUUCAAGGCCCCCCAGGAACCGGCAAAACAUUCGUCUCUGUGAUUGCGUUGAGGAUUUUGCUCUCUAAUAUGACCCCAGGGGAUCCACCUAUAAUUAUUGCCUCUCAGACAAACCAUGCUCUAGAUCAACUCCUGAGGCACGUUUCUCGUUUUCAGAGUGACUACAUUCGCUUGGGAGGCAGAAGUAAUGACCUUGAAAUUAAAAAGCGUACCCUUUUUGCCAUUCGACAAAAUGAACCCAAUGCUACCAUCCAAGGCAGUAUUCUCGGACAGGCUCAAAGGCGAUACAAUAAAUACCAUCACAUGAUUGCUGAUCUCUUGCAGAACUUCAGUGCCGAGAACGAUGACAGUCCCCUUCCACCUGAGCUUUUCGCAAAGUAUGGUCUACUGACUGCAACCCAAUAUGACUCUCUCACGAAGGGGGCAAAAGACUGGAUACGGCCUAACAACGAAGAAGGUGACAAUCCCUUACUAUCCUGGCUUGGAGAGCAAGUGGUGCCAUUCAAAGUGCAAUACACAACUGAGAACUUUGGCUUCGAGGAAGAUGAGAUUGAUCUAGAGUAUGAACAGCUGAAAGAAUUAGAAGCCGAGCAAGGGAAUGAAGAGGAUGACCAUGAAGGUCUCAAAGGGCCAUUCAUUUGUAUUCGGGAAAGAUUCUGCGGACAGAGUGUUUCGGCCUCCGAGGAGACUAGCCGGAAGUAUCUGAAGGAGCCCGACCUGUGGAAGGUACCUGUCAAAGCACGUGGAGGAGUAUAUAAUACUCUCCGAAAGCUGCUCAAAGAUAAAAUCAGGCCGAAGUUCCAAAGCUUGGUUACACUUAAUACAAACAAUUGCAAAGACAUCCGCAUUGGAAAGUGGGAACGGGACAAUCACCUCCUCCGGGAUGCCAAGUUGAUUGGGAUGACAACAACGGGCCUUAGCAAAUACCGAGCUCUUAUAUCAAGCUUAAAACCGAAGGUUGCUCUGAUAGAAGAAGCAGCGGAAGUCAUCGAAGCACCAGUAGCAGCUGCCUGCCUCGAUUCUCUUCAACAUAUGAUCCUUGUGGGAGAUCACCAACAGCUCAGGGGGAGUUGCUCGGUACAGGACCUUCAGGGUGAACCGUUCUUCCUGGACGUUUCAAUGUUCGAAAGGCUCGUGAAUAACGGGAUUCAAUACGAGACUCUUAGAAGACAGAGGCGGAUGGCGCCAGAGAUACGCCGAUUGCUGGAACCCAUCUACGGCGAGCUUCACGACCACCAGUCAGUGCUUGAGCGCCCGAAAGUACCAGGAAUGGGGGAUGUACGAUCAUACUUCUUUUCUCAUAAUUGGCCAGAAAGCAGUGACAGCUUGUCAUCGAAGUACAAUGAGAAGGAGGCGGAAAUGAUUAUAGGAUUCUUCAUGCACCUGGUGCUCAACGGCGUUGCGGUUAAGGAUAUAACGGUGCUUACAUUUUAUAAUGGCCAGAGAAAAAAGCUUCUCAAACUGUUCAAGGAAAAUCCCUAUCUUCAGGGGCAGUAUGUGAACGUUGUGACGGUUGAUUCGUUUCAGGGAGAAGAAAACGAGGUAGUGAUUCUAUCAUUGGUGAGGAGCGGCCGGCCUACCAUUGGGUUCUUAUCUAUAGAGAACCGGGUCUGCGUUGCACUUUCGCGUGCCAGGAGCGGUUUUUAUAUCUUUGGAGACUCUACAACGCUUGCUGAAGCGGAUCCCCUCUGGUGGCAAGUAGUGACCCUGAUGGGGGGCAAGAACUCAAAACGAAGACUUGGUUUUUACCUACCUUUAACAUGCACUAAGCAUGAAAAUGUGAUAUACAAGAAAGAUCCCUCUGAGUGGGACGCUGCCUAUGGGGGAUGUGAUCUCCCAUGCAAUGAACAUCUAGCCUGUGGACACAGGUGUCCUCUUUCAUGUCACAGUUUCUCCCAUGAUCAAGUUAAAUGCACUGAGGUCUGUGAUCAACAGAUGCGAUGUGGUCACAGAUGUGACAAAUCCUGUUAUGAGAUUCACACCUGUUUCUGUGGGUGUCCAUUGAACUUGGCGAUCGAGUGUAACUCAGAAGCGACUGGAGUUCUGCGCUCUGGGAAGGAUGAAUGUAUAUUUGAGGAAGACAGUCACCGCCAGGCUGCCAUUCUCAGCUACCAAGCCUUUGCAAACGGUGGAUCCAAGGAACAGGACGAACGACUCUUCAGGAUGGCUAUGUUAAGCAAGUAG